AGCAAAGACAUGCCGAUGCUAUCGUGAGUUCUCUGUUUGCUAUUUUGGCACAAAAACAAACUAAAAAUAAAUACAAAAAUCUUCACAUUAUUAAUUCCAAUAACUAUGUUAUCUGAAGAUUAAUUGAAUAAAGCAACAAUUUGUUUUAAGGAAAGUCUUUAAUUUAAUUUUACAACAAAAUGGAAACAGUUUUUCUUAAUUCGGACAUUGCUCGAAUGGUGCUUGGUUAUUUACGAAAACAACGUUUGGAUAAAGCCGCCGAAGUAUUUUGUAAAACAAGUCCAUUUCUCGAAAAGGAAUAUGAAGUUCUUAAGCAAGGAUAUCGUUUAUUUGGAUUCAAGGAGGAUCUCCUUGAGACCAUCAUCAAGGAAUACUGCAAAAUUACAACCAAAGUGGACAAGGCAAUUGAAUUAAUGCCGCUGUCUGUGCGAGAUAAUUUGCAGCAAAAGAAUCUAUCAGCAAAAGUAAGUUCCUUGAUUCAUCAUCACCACACUCAUUCAUCUCCCCUAAUUAAUGAAAACAAAGAAAACACUUCAGCAGCAAAUAAGCGUAAAAGAAUAUCAACGGGAAGCACAGAUUGUGAUAUUCAAUUUGCAAAUGACGAUAGUAUGCUUCCACCAGCGACCGUAAUCAAACGUCCUCGAAUGUCACGACCUUCAAUGCCAAUCAAGAAAAAAACCACCAACCCAAAAGACAUUGAAAUUCUAAGUCAAUCGGAAUUUUGUAAUGAUUCCGUUGAUGACGAUGUAGAUGACGAGGAUGCCGAUGCUGAUGUCGAGGACGAACCUGCGGAGACUUUCAAACUACCCAGCAUAACACAACACUCCACAUCAACCCCACGGUUAUUAAAUUCCAAUUCAGAAGAAGAUUUGGCCUUAACUUCGGUUCCAUUACAGGACAUAUCGCAAGCGCUGCUUGAUAACCAAGAAUUUCAAGAGAAACUUGUUAGAAAUAUCAAUAAAGCCUUGCAGAGCUCAACAUGCCCGCCAUCGACCUCCGAAGAGAGAGCAGGGGACAACUAUUUGAUGGACGAAUUGGAAACAGUUGUAAAAAACGCCACAGAAGCAACUGAAGUUGAUCCAAUAUUUGAUGAGUUCCUUAAACGAGUUGUUUCUGCUCAAGUUUUUCCCAAUGAUCCAUCGAAUGACAUUUCGGAGAUAGAGCAACCACUGGAAGAAGAAGAACCGCCAAAACAGCCGCCAUCCCAACAACAAACGGUCCAACCUGACUCCGUAAUAGCACCACCACCACCCAUUCCCGGUGUUAACAUCAACAAUAACACAUCAUUCGGGUCGUUGAUCGAUCCGAAUUUCUCCAUAUCCAAUUUAAUUGUUUUGAAUUCGAAUGAAAGCGCCCAGAAAAACCAUCCACACGACCCAGUCAUGGGAAACAAUGCCGAUGGCAGUCAAAUAAUCAACACAAGCACCCUGGACAACCAGGUGUACUUUGACCAUUCCACCGGUCAACUGACGUGUCCGCUGAUCCUCUCCAGCGAUGGCCUCCUGAAUCUCCCAUUCUUCAUAAACAAUGAGCUCAUACAACAGCUGCAGGGUGACAUUAAUCUAGACACUUCUCGCAUUGAGAUUCCACUGGCGGAACCUUUGAUUCUAUCUGCCGAUCAAAUGCCCGCAAAUGCCGUGAUUCUGAGAAGCUCACAGAAGGUCGAAAUUCCUCCCAAGGCGAUAUCAACCAUGCCGCCAAGUGAAAGCAACAUAGGUGCCGAAAUACCACAACAUGGAACAACCCCAUCGACGGGUAUUUUGAAUGCAAGGAGCUUCAAGAGUUUGUCUACACCCAGGAAGAAGUCUCACGUAAGGACACUGAGUUUCUCCCCUAUGCCUACUGGGAAGCAGCUUCUAAAGCGAAUAGCUCCAGCUCCUGCUCCUGCUCCUGCCCCUGGAGCUGCAAUUAUAGACAAGGAGGUGGCCACCACAUCUACCCGUGAGGAUGAAGUAACUAUCGUUAACAACGUCGAAAUUGCUUCACGCAUCGAAGUGAUUCCCGAAUUAGAAUCGGAGAAUUCCAACAGUGUCAGCAAUCAAACUGUCAUCCAGAAAGACCUUCAAGACACUCCGAAGCGAAAGGAAAGAUCAAGGACCGUCAAGCGAGUCCUCUCCAAGGAAAACGAAGAAGGCACAGCAAAGACCAAGGUGCAAUCACCUUCACAACAAGAAAACGAGGAAGUAGAAGACAGUGACGAGAAACUAGCAAAUAAAAUUCUCAUAAGUCAAAUGCAAUUGAAAGAAUGGAAGCGAAUGAGAGAAACAACCCAAUCGAACUUCGACACAUAUUUGCGGCAAGUCAAUGCCGAACUUCCAAAACCAUCCCGGCGGAAUCCACCCAAGAGGAAAAAGCGAAAAAUCCUAUCGCCUGGUGGGAAAAAUACACAAGCCACAAACAGCACAAGGUCAAAGACGCGGCUUAAAGCAGCCAAGGAGAAAACCCAGGCAGCCAAGUUGGCGGCCUCGAAGGCCCAAUCAAAAUCGACCACCACAAAGAACAAGAACAAGAAAGAAAAAAGUCCAACCGACGCCGCCGUGGCCGCUUCCCUAGCCCCGAGUACAACAGCGAUGAAGAAGAAGAAACGAAAGCAAGACCUCGUGAAUAAAUCGGUCUACAACAUUAAGAUCCCCACGCCUAACAGCAAGACAGAAACUGCCACAAAAUCUGCGAAAAAGGUGACGAAAAAAAGUCCAACUACCAAAAAAUCCCCCGCAAAAUUGAAAGUUGCCAAAGAAGCCGCCGAAAGUGUGGUGACUUUCAUUCAGCCAUCGGUAGCAGUAGCAGGAGUAGCAGCACCACCACCACCAACAUAUCAUCCAAUUGUCAAACUAGAAGAAGAACGUGAGAAACGAACUGCUAAUAUAGCCUGCCUACUAGACACGCCCUUCAAGGCGUUAGACGAGCAACUAUUGGUUCCACCGCCAACACCCGGACUGGUUCCGUCUUCCCUAGACACCCCCGUCUUCAAGAUGAUUGAUUCAUUUAGAAAUUUCUCCGAAGUCAAGAACAGCAACAUCUUGACUCCCCAAUUUGCCAUCACUCCCGGUUGCACACUGACGCCCUUUCCCAAAGACACGCCGCGAAGUUUAACCCAUCAAAUACCAACGGAUUAUUCCUCGGGCGGCUCAUACUACAGACCCGAUGAGUCGGAUGAUCUGGACAAAAUAAUCGACAAACAACUUCGGGAUUCGGCCCAGAAGCGAAAGACCGAUGAGACGCCGAUUGUCACUCCAAACAAAUGCUCGGAUCUGGUCGAGCAGAAGAUUCCCUGUGAACCUGUGGUUCUGAGUCGAGUGAAGUCGUUUGUGGACGAAGAUGCAGUCCAAGCUCCUGUCGAUCUGCAUUAUACCCUUGCAGCUGGCUUGCCAGAACUUACUGACGACGAAGAAGAUGAACUUCCUACGUCAGCCCUCUCCACAACUUCGUCAUCUUCAUCCUCGUCCUCAUCGUCAUCGUCGUCUUCCUCAUCAUCGUCAUCGGCGCCAUCAUCACCAAAGCCAAAGAAUCUUAGCAGUGCUUCUCUGGUCAAUAUGGACAAUCUCUCGGAGAUAAGUAGCACCGAGGAUGAUGACUGGAGCAAAGACGUACCGGAAAAGGUUGCUGCUGCAACAGCGGACGAUCCCUUGGCAGCGAAUUCACAACUAGUGAAUAACGAGUGGGAAGUGCGGUAUCCUGUGAGAAGUUGGCUGACGCCCAAAAAGGCUGACCCUUCUCCUGCUCCUCCAAAACCGCCAAUGGUCGUCAUCGAGGAUAUCCAAAGCAAAGUCAUCCGCCAGAAGCAACUCUCGGAUUUGGAAUUGAAAAAGCAACGAAUGAAGGCGAAAUUGUCCACAGAUCUGAAGAAACCCUCUCGACCGAUUUAUGUUCCCCCCGUAGUGAUCAAGCCUCACUCACCCAAGUCCAAGUCAUCCAUCCAUUCGACGACGGCCAAAUCGAAAAUAACCACAAUUCGAAAUCAGUACGUCAUGUCGACGGUGACGACGAAAGAGAAGAAAGUGAUGAAAGUUAUGACGCCCCUCAAAAUCACCGAAGUGGAUAUUCUGGAGAACUCACCGCCCGGACCGAGUAAUGAGAAAAUUGAUGUCCUCACAGCCUUGAAUCUUUUGUCUGCGAAAAAGAAGACACCUGAGGGUAAGGCGAUUAAGUCUUCCUUAGUCGUUGCGAGCACUUCGGCAAAGGCUUUGAAAGCCCAAGCCCAAAAGAAGGUGGCGCCAAAGGAGUCGACGACGAAGGCAAAAAGCAAGAUCAAAGUCAAAGUAAACAUCAAACCUUCGUCUUUAGCGAAAACUACCAAAAAAACUGCACUCAAUUCGAAAAAAUUGAAUCAAUCGAAAUCGUCACCCAAACGUCCUUCCACCGUGAGGCAAUCAUCUCGAGCCGUUCGAAUGCCAAAAGCCCUUGAGAAUUUCUCAACCGCGUCGAAGAGAAACAAUGGAGUAGCAACGCCUCCAACGACGGCUCCUAAGAAGAAUGUCAAACCGACGCCAAAAACAUCCAAAAAGAACCAAACUGUUUUAGUUACGGACCCAGUUCCAGUUCUCAAACCACUUAUUAUGCCAUUCGAAAUGAAAAUGGAGAAGAUCGAUCCGCCCAGGGACGAACUAGCGGAACCAGAGGCAGCAGUCCAUGAAAAUGUACUCAAACCGAAUUCGCUUAAAUCUUCUCCAGAGACUAUCAAAUCCCUCGAAACUGUCCCUCCUUGCAGUGACAGUGUUGUUGCUGAAGAUGAUGAGGAUGAAGACGAAGACGAUCCUUAUGAGCUCUGCGAGCUUACGCUAAUCGAUGAAUCCGAUACGAAGCGAUACCGACACUUCACUUACAACGGUCCCGAUGGGGUCGAGCCACCAACUCAAACAUCACCCAAGAAAUCUCAUGAAUUGAAUAUAUUCUUGAAUCCAAAUGAGAAGCACUGCGUAAAGGCUUCCGAGGAGUUUGUUUUAUUUUCCUGCAGCCCUAAAAAGAUUUCCCCGCCAACUACUCUCAAGAGUGUCGUUCGGAAUAUUCCAAAAAAGCGACCAAUUAAAAUGUCGAUUUGUGAGACGGAACCCGUCACUGAAGCAGUUGAUGCACAAACGGCAGCAGGACAGGUGGAAGGCCAAAUAUCUCCUCCCGAGCAACGAUUUAAUUCACCGCCCAGUCUGACAUCCACUCCAAUUGUUCCACCGCUUAAGAUUUCCAAAUUGCAGAAGGCAGCUGCCUCGCGGGAUAAAAAGGCUGAAAAGCUCAUCACAACCCGCUCCAACAAAGAUCACAAAAAAUGUACAAUAAUCUCUCAACAUCAAAGUCCUACAAAAGCGCCCGCCGAGGAAUCUCCACACCCCUCCAAGUCAUGUGCAAAAGAACCCGUUGAUUCAUGUUCACCUAAUCAAUCCCAUGAAAAGGAUAACAAACCAAGAUCCAAAACUAAAUCAACGACUAAUGUCGAUUUAAAGUCAUCGCCUUCUUCGUCUACAGUUUCUUCCUCAACUCAUCCAAAGAAGCAACCGGUUGAAGCAAAAAGUUCAACUGAACUUCCACUUGACAUAGAUGUAAUACUUUCAAAAUUACAUGGCUAAGAAAAUAAGAAAAAGCUGUAAAUUACAGUUAAUAGUUGUUAAUAUUUACUUUAUAUUUAUUUUUGUUGUUUUUUUUUAAACUUAUUGUUUUAAAAUGAGAGAGAACAGUUAAAAACACAAAAACAGUCCCGAUACUUUACUGACUAAAAUACUAAAUGAAGUUUUUUCUUUUUUUUUAAAUAAAAUGUAUGAUAACUGUAAAAAUAUAAUGUUCUAUUUUACUCGAUGUAGAAUUUAAUAAAAUUAUGUAUAUUUAUGUAAAAAAUAUAUAAAAACAAACAAAAACUAAAAUAUAUUUAAGAAAACCUACCUACGUUAAUAGAUAGAUAGAAUCCUUAUGUAGGAAGUUAUAAACAUAAUUAUAAGCUAUAAGAUAUCUUAUCAUUCGAUUUUAGGGAUUAUCCAACAUUUAUAUAUUUUAUUUAUUAUAAUAAUAAUAUUAUGUAAAUUUAAAGUAUUAAGUAUUAUGUAAUUAAGUGGCAGACUAAAUUCGUGAAUCGAAUCUUCAAGGUUUCUGCCUUUCUAAUAGAUAAUAAUAAAAAUGUAAAAUACGAAAAUUGAUGGUGUUUUUCUUUGAGUUAAUAAUUGUUGCUUCAAAAAAAAGAAAUAUUUAGCAAACAUCCCAAUUCUAAAUAUUCCCUGGGAAAAGUUCUCCCUGGGAGAUGUGUUCUCCCGAGAACAGAAUUAUCUUAUUCUGAAUUCCCCGGGAGAUUGUUUUUCCCUUCGAAAGCGGGAAAGAAAAUUAUGAAUGUUCGAAACAGCUGUUUUGCAAUAUUUGAUAUACACUGCCAAUCACUAGGAUGAGGCCACAUAUUUUUCAACCGAUUUUCGUUCUUUAUACCUGCUGGAAAUUUCGUACCAAUAAAAAUUUACUACAUUUGAGUAGGUAGAUAUUUUCUUUAAAAAAAGUAAUAAAACUAAGGGGUUAAAUAGAAAAAACAGUUGGAAUUUCC